AUGGCUCAUCGCUCGAUCUCAGGGAAACGGCCAGGUAGUCGAUUAAAGCCGGUGGCAGACUCGCUGGAGUCGGUGGGGUUUGUCUCUAAAGGCGACCGCAAAUUGCUAGACCAUACAACGCAAGAAAAGUACUAUGCUCAGAUCACACAGCGUUAUUUCGAGUUCUGUGCCCGUCACUCUGAGGAUCUAGAUGCAGCCUGGGCGUCGCUUCCCAUCAGCGCCUCCGGAGACGCGACCAAGAAUCCUCCGGCAGCUUUCCCCCAGACGAAGAGUGACAGGUCCACCAAAUCACACAUUCCGGCGGCAUCCGCAGAGUUAUCCACCCUCCUCUUGUCCCUCCGAAAGCUUCGGGAAGCGGUUCUCGCGACGGCGUCCACAAUUCCAGUCUCCUUCUCGCAGCGCGUGCACCUCUUCUCCAUCAAACUCUCCAUUCAAGCCAAGCACCCUCCCUCAUACUUCCCCUCCCUGCGCUACGUCCUUGAAAAGCUCCACGCCAGCUCACAUCCUUUACCGGAACCCCAGCUGCGGGACGUGAUCUCAUACUUGAUUCUCGAUUAUGCUUGUCGACAGGAAGAUCUGGUGGCCGCGUUCGAAUUGCGCGCACAGGCGCGCAGUCGCUAUUCCUUCCAAUCAGAGACAGUCGAUCGGGUGUUGACGGCUCUGGCGCAUGACAACUGGAUUGUUUUCUGGCAGGUCCGCAGAGAGGUGGACUCUCCAACGCGGGCAGUGAUGGACUGGGCGGCCGACCGCGUCCGAAGACAUGCGUUGAAAGCUGUCGGUAGCGCCUAUCUUAAUGUUGGUGUGCAGUGGGUCACAGAAGGCUGCACUGGAGACAAGGGCUGGACAUGGGAGGCGUUGGCCGAGAAGGAGAAGCUCGGAUGGGAGAAAGAAGGCGAUAAGAUCAUUAUUAAGAGGCCAAGGCUCAAACAGGCAAAGCCUGUUUAG